AUGGAAAUUCUACCAUAUCUCUCUCGCCUCAAACUGUCUCCAUAUCUCGGUUUCACCAUUUGCAAUACCAAUGCUGUAACCAUCUCUCCCCGUCUUCCAUUCGCCUUCAAAACCCAUCUCCUUUUUCCAAGAAGCAACACGAAUUUCUCACUAUCCGCCACCGUCGAAAGUCAUGAAUCUGCAAAAGUAUUCGACGACUACAAUGAAGACGAGAGCUACGGAGAAGUGAACAAAAUCAUCGGGAGUAGGGCACUCGAAGAUGGCAGUGGGAUGGAGUACUUAAUAGAGUGGAAGGACGAUCAUGUGCCCACUUGGGUUCCUUCUGAUUACAUAGCCAAGGACGUGAUCGCCGAGUACGAAGCUCCCUGGUGGAACGCCGUGAAGAAAACCGACGAAACGGCUCUCAGAGAAGUUAUUAGCUCCGGAGACGGGAGAGACAUUGACGCCGUGGAUCAAGACGGCCGGACGGCUCUUCUGUUUGUAUCGGGGCUCGGCUCGGAGCCCUGCGUGAAGUUGUUAGCCGAGGAGGGUGCAAAUGUCAACCACAGAGAUAACAGUGGUGGAUUGACGGCUUUACACAUGGCUGCUGGUUACGUCAGACCGGGAGUGGCGAAGGUGUUGAUCGAAUUUGGGGCGGACCCAGAAUUGGAAGACGAUAGAGGAAGAACCCCAUUGGAAUUGGCCAGAGAGAUUUUGAAUGUGACACCAAAAGGCAACCCUGUGCAGUUUGCUAGGAGAUUGGGAUUGGAGAAUGUGAUAAGGGUGUUAGAGGACGCCAUUUUCGAGUACGCGGAGGUGGAGGAGAUACUCGAGAAGAGAGGAAAGGGGACGAACACGGAGUACUUGGUGAAAUGGAAGGACGGAGGGGAUAACGAGUGGGUGAAGGCCGGAUUGAUAGCCGAGGAGUUGGUCAAGGACUUUGAGGCCGGGCUCGAAUAUGCAUUGGUAGAAUCCAUUGUGGAUGCGAGAAAAUGCGAGGAUGGGAAGACAGAGUAUUUGGUGAAAUGGACCGAUAUAGAAGAAGCUACUUGGGAGCCCGAGGAGAAUGUUGAUCCCGAUUUGAUUCAAGAGUUCAACUUGCUUAGAAAACCAUCGUGA